AUGAAAUAUUUUAAAAAUGACAAUGAAAAUGAACUUUUAUCAUGCAGUGAUUGUAAUAAGACAUUUAAAACUAAAAAUAGUCUAAUUUUACAUCGAAGAAUUUACCCUGGAGGGAAACUUUUUUCAUGUGAACAUUGUGAUAAAUCGUUUACUCGGAAAAGCCAUUUAAUCAAACACAAACGCAUUCACACUGGACAAUUAAAACGUUUUUCAUGCGAAGAUUGUGGUAAAUCAUUUACUCGGAAAAGCGAUUUAAUUCAACACAAACGAAUUCACACCGGAGAAAAACCAUUCUCAUGUGAAGAUUGUGAUAAAUCAUUUACUCAGAAAAGCCAUUUAAUUCAACACAAACGAACUCACACCGGAGAAAAACCUUUUUCAUGUGAAGAUUGUGAUAAAUCAUUUACUUCGGCAAUGUCUUUAAUUGAACACAAACGAACUCACACUGGAGAAAAACCAUUUUCAUGUGAAGAUUGUGAUAAAUCAUUUAUUCGGAAAAGCCAUUUAAUUGAACACAAACGAAUUCACACUGGAGAAAAACCUUUUUCAUGCGAAGAUUGUGAUAAAUCAUUUACUCAGAAAAGCGAUUUAAUUCAACACAAACGAAUUCACACUGGAGAAAAACCAUUUUCAUGUGGAGAUUGUGGUAAAUCAUUUACUCAGAAAAUCCAUUUAAUUCAACACAAACAAACUCACACCGGAGAAAAACCUUUUUCAUGUGAUUAUUGUAAUAAAUCGUUUACUCGGAAAAGCAAUUUAAUUGAACAUAAACGACUUCACACUGGAGAAAAACCUUAUUCAUGCGAAUAUUGUGAUAAAUUAUUUACUCGGAAAAGCGAUUUAAUUAAACACAAACGAAUUAACAACGGAAAAAAACAGUUUUUAAUAAGUGAAGAUAAAGCAUUUAAUGAAUACAUACUUGAAUUGCACACAAAUGAUUACGUGUGCGCGUCCUUAGAUAUUCAAGGGGAAAGGUCGCGAAAAUCAGUUUUUUGAUAAUAUCUCGUCUCUUUGCCUUUAAUCGUAUUAACAUUCAUUAUAAAAGUUGUAAAAGUCAAGAUCACUUACAUUGUCUAAGUUUUCAUCAUGAGAUAAUGCAUUAAAACAUGCAUGUCCGUUGCAUUGACUACAAGCUAGCGAAAAAUGCGUGCCUGAUUUACGGCAUCCACAACGCGAACCACACCCAGUUUUGCAGUUGCAAAACAUUGUAUUAAGCAGUUCAUUUGGUGUAGGGGAUAAAAGUGUUGUUAAAGGCUGUAGGGUUUCAUUCUGCCUCAUAUAUUCAUGGGCAAAUGUCACAAAAAUCAGUUUUUUGUAAAUAUCUCGUGAUCUCUUACUUCAAUCAUAUUAACAUUCAUUAUAAAAGUUGUAGAGGAUAAAAGCUUCUACAAAUUUUGUC